AUGACUCGCUAUUUCUGCUGCGGAAGUUACUUUCCAGGUUACCCCUGCUAUGGAACCAACUUCCACGGGAACUACAGAGCCACCCCCCUCAACUGCGUCAUUCCCCUGGGCUCUCCCCUGAACCACGGCUGCGCCUCCAUCUACAGCUCCCGGAACCACUGCUUUGGCGGUGGCAACUUCAACAACGGCUGUUGCUAUGGCAGUAGCUUUUACAGGCCCUGGGGGUCUGGCUCUGGCUUCGGCUACAGCACCUACUGA